AUGGCCCGUCCGAUUGGCCUCGGUGACCAUGCCCUACUACUCAAGCCCACUUCCCGUGCAGCCCAGCCCGCCAGCCCCGACGCACCGAUUCCUCCGAGCCCAAAUCCGGUUGAACAAGACGAGACCUGUGAAAAGCUCCACUCCAUCCGAGUUAAAUUCUUGCGCCUCGUCUACCGUCUGGGCCAAACUCCGGCGAACCCCAUCGUGGCCCAACUCCUAUACAAACUGGACCUUGUCGAGCACCUUCACUCGCUCCACAAACCCAACAACUUUCCCGACUCGUUCGCCUUCGAACGCGCGAAUGCGUUUGCCGAGCAGUUAGAAUCGUCCGGUGGUGAGAGCCCGUUUUCCUUCCCCUGCACAAUCCUCGUCCUCGGAAAAUUGGGCUCGGGCAAGAGCUCGACCCUCAACUCCUUACUAAAUGGGCCCGUUUUCGAAGCCGGGCCCAGAACAGAGGAAAUCCGGACCCACAUGGGAACUGUGCACGGGAUCGAGUUCCGCGCUGUCGACACUCCCGGCCUCUCGUCCGACAUACUAAAAAACGAGAGGAUCCUUUACUCGGUCAAGAGGUUUGUUAAAAAUAAUCGGCCGGACGUCGUUUUAUACGUCGACAGGCUGGAUGCAGGUGGCGAGGGGAUCGAUGACGUGGCGCUAAUGCGGAUGAUAACCGCCGUGCUCGGGCGGGACAUCUGGCUCGACACAAUUUGUGUACUGACCCACGCCUCGUCAGCACCACCUGACUGUGAGGCGGCGGGAAGUAGUUACGGCGCGUUCGUGGAGCAGAGAUCGUCCGUUUUGCGGCGCAUGAUGCGCCUCGUCUCGGGGGAUAUUAACCGGUUCAUGAACCCGGUGGCUCUGGCAGAGAACCACCCGAGCUGCAGAAAGAAUCGGGACGGGCAGCCGGUGCUGCCGGACGGGCAGCUCUGGAUUUCAAACCUUUUGCUCUUGUGCUUCGUCUCAAAAAUCUUGCGGGAGGCGAGUGAAUUGCUCUGGAUUAUUCGGGAGAAGAAGCCUCUCGUCCCUCGGUUGGGAUUUCCUAGUUUACCCGUACUUUUAUCGACUUUUUUGCAGUGGAGAAAGGAAGUUAAGUUGCCUUCCGAGCAACUUAUCGACGACAAUUGUUCCGACUCGGGAGAUGAAUCGGAGGAGUACGAGAAGCUUCCGCCUUUCAAGUCGCUCACGAAAACCGAGCUCGAAAAACUGAGUAAAUCGGAAAAAAAGGCCUAUGAUGAUGAAGUAGAUUACAGGGAGAAGCUUUUAAAGAAAAUGCAGAUUAAGGAGGAAAAAAUGCGCCGGGAGAUCGAACCCGAAUCCGAAUCCGAAUCCGAACCCAUAAUUGUUUCGGGUCCGGACUUGCCUGCCUCGUUCGAUUCGGAUAACCCAACCUAUCUGUACCGUUUGAUUCAUUACUUCAGCUUGUGGGCCGUUGGGCCCGUUCGCAGCACCAGAGGCUGGGAUCACAAUACCGGUUUUGACGGCAUGUACGUGGAUUGGCCGAUCAUGAUUGGUGACAAGAUUCCGGUGACUUUUUACGGCCAGGUUUUCAAAAACAAAAACAGAAGGGACCUCCAUAUGGAAAUUGCCGGCACGGUCAAACACGCGAACGGAAAGGCAACGAUCGUAUGCCUCGACGUGCAAAAGGACAAGACACGAAAGGAUUGCAUUCUUCAAAGCCGAACUUUAUUCAUCAACCGAAGAUUCAACAAAUCGUUCGCGGGCCUCACGGCGGCCCUUCAAGACGGGUGCUUGACAGGAGGAUUCAAAUUGGAGGAAGAAUUAAGUAUCGGGAGAUGGGUCGAGUUAGUUGCUUCGGGAGGGGCUAACUAUGGUUCCGGGGAUUUCGCGUAUGGUGGUGACCUAAUGGUCACAAUGAGGGAUCGGGAUGAGUUGACCGGCAGGUUUUCGUCGAGUUUCGGGAUUAAUUUCGUGGAUUUUGGCGGAGAUUUUGCGGCGGGUUUAAGUUCCCACGCUCAGAUUCCGAUUGGCCGGAAAACGGAUUUGAUUGGCCAGUUUAGUGUCGAUAACCGGGGUUCCGGCCAAGUUAGUGUUAAGCUAUCGCCGACACGGUUCGAAUCUCAACGAAACCUUGUGCCAAUCGAAAUGCACCUGACCCACCGACAAUCGACAAGUCACGAUAUUCUCUCGGAUAUGGAUUUCGACCCGCCAAAUUAA